AGCGCGUUAAAGCACAACGUAGAAGAAGAAAGGUGACGGUAGCAGGGAUGGCGUCUGGACAGCAGUGGGUGUUGGUUGAAAUGGUGCAAGCUGUUUACGAGGCACCUGCUUAUCACUUGAUCUUGGAGGGGAUCCUCAUAUUAUGGAUCGUCAGACUUUUGUUCUCAAAGACCUAUAAACUUCAGGAGACCUACAAACUUACAGAAAAGGAAAAGGAGGACCUAAUUGAAGAAUGGCAACCAGAGCCUCUUGUUCCACAUGUGUUCAAAGACUCUGCUUUCCUCAGCUAUGAUAUUGUCACUGGUCCAGCGAGCCACAAAAUCAUCAUCAACGGAAAAGAGUGCAUUAACUUUGCCUCAUUCAAUUUUUUGGGGCUUCUUCACAAUGAGCGAGUGAAGCAAAAGGCUCUGGCCUCCCUCAAGAAGUAUGGUGUUGGUACCUGUGGUCCAAGAGGGUUCUACGGAACAUUUGAUGUUCACCUGGAAUUGGAGAACCGUUUGGCCAAGUUCAUGAAAACAGAAGAGGCCAUCAUCUAUUCCUAUGGGUUUGCAACCAUCGCCAGUGCAAUUCCUGCUUACUCCAAGAGGGGGGACAUCGUGUUUGUGGAUGAAGCGGCAUGCUUUUCUAUCCAAAAGGGCCUCCAAGCCUCUCGAAGCAUUAUCAAAUACUUCAAGCACAAUGACAUGGAGGACCUGGAAAGAUUGCUCAAGGAACAGGAGCUGGAGGACCAGAAGAACCCUCGUAAGGCACGAGUAACCAGGAGAUUUGUGGUCGUAGAGGGGCUGUACAUAAACACUGCUGAUGUUUGCCCUCUCCCUGACUUGGUGGGACUGAAGUACAAGUACAAGGUGAGAAUAUUUCUGGAGGAGAGCAUGUCUUUCGGGGUCCUGGGGGAGCAUGGACGAGGGGUCACAGAACACUUUGGGGUUGACAUAGACCACAUUGACCUGAUAAGUGCCAACAUGGAAAAUGCUGUGGCUUCCAUCGGUGGUUUCUGCUGCGGCCGGUCCUUUGUCAUCGACCACCAGCGUUUAUCAGGCCAGGGCUACUGUUUCUCUGCCUCCUUACCCCCCAUGUUGGCUGCUGCUGCCAUAGAAGCCCUUGACAUCAUGGAAGAGGACCCAGAUAUUUUUACUGUCCUGAAAGAGAAGUGUCAACAUGUCUACAAGGCGUUACAGGGGAUUCCAGGGCUGAAGAUCGUAGGAGUGUCUUUUGCCCCAGCACUUCACUUACAACUAGAGAGAAGUUCUGGCCACAGAGACACUGAUGUGGGGAUGCUACGCAGCAUUGUGGACUAUUGUUUGGAGAGACAAAUAGGUCUUACUCUUGCUCGUUACCUGGAAAAAGAGGAGCGCUUCUUACCGCCACCCAGUAUCAGAGUGGUUGUGACCAUCCGACAGACAGAGGAGGAGAUCCAGAAGGCGGCAUCUUGUAUCCGUGAAGCAGCUCUGGCUAUUCUCAAAUAAUGAUGUGAUUGUUCCCAGUCCCCACCAGAUCAGAACUCUAGCGCUGUUGCAGCUGGAACUUGGUAGGACACCACUGGCAUGUGAAGAUCCAUGCACACAAAUCAGGCAUUCAUCCACAGACUGGGAAUAUAGUUAUUUGUUUAUUUGCUAAUUAACUUGAGUUUUAUGACUCAGCCUUGUGGUUGUAUAACUGAACAUUUUGCCUUAUUUUGUAUAUCAGGUGUUGUAUUGUCACAUGUGUAUUCUACUGUCAUCUGUAAUUGUAAUGGUAUUACCUUGGAUGGUGCUCACUCCGUGCAGUGAGGUUUUUUUUAACACUUUUGUCCAAUGUGCCUUGAAAAAUAAAGAUGCUACGAGGAGUUGUUGG